ACGUCUUUGACAGCAUCGAAUUUGAUGGAUGAUUCCACCAACAUAUUCACCACCGGCGACGAAGAAACUGCCAACCAACAAGAACGGCUACUUCCGAUCGCCAACGUCGGCCGGAUCAUGAAGCAAAUACUGCCACACAACGCAAAGAUCUCCAAAGAGGCCAAGGAGACUAUGCAAGAGUGUGCUUCUGAGUUCAUCAGUUUUGUCACCGGUGAAGCCUCCGAGAAAUGCAAAAAGGAGCGGAGGAAGACCGUGAACGGUGACGAUGUGUGCUGGGCUAUGGGGACACUAGGGUUUGAUGACUAUGCUCCACCAUUGAAGAGGUAUUUAGAUAGGUAUAGAGAGGUUGAAGGCGAUCGAUCCGGUGCUUCACAAAGGAAUGAAGAUGAGGGCGGACCAUCAUCGUCUUCAGCUAAGUUUAAUCUAAUCUCGAAACCAUUUUAAUCAUGGGUGUCUCUAUUUUCAUUUCUUUUUGGUUUUGCUAAGUUGUGUAGGAUGAUUCAUAUUGAGUUAAGCAUGUAUGUUCGAUAAUGUAAAAUAGAUCAACUAAACAAUUUUUGUUCCAUUAUAUGGUCUAAGAAAAAGAUCUAGUAA